UCCUGUAAACUUGACUGUGAGAGGCACUGUAAAAAUAUGGGGAAAAACAUGCAACAAUCCAAUGAGUAAUUUGUUUCUGACACGUUUUCAUUUUAAAAUAAUAAAAAUAAUGUUCGCCAAAGGAUUACCUACGACAAUGAAGAUCAGAGAAACAUUCCCAGUGAAGCAAGUCACGUGAGUGCUGUGGGAAGAAGAUGAUACCAGACCCCGCGUCUGCAGGCACAUCCAGACCCUCUGAGCUGAAUAAAUGCUCACGUCAGGACGAAGCAAACUCCUCAGGAGUUGUCAACAAUUCCGAGGAUGAGUCCGGCAAUGAAAACAGACACAAGAAAGGGAAGCGGAGGAAAAGAACUCACAAGGAAGCGGAGAACGUCACAAGAAAAAAGACCAAGAGUCUCAGUUGCAGCGUUCGAAAGGACAAUGUCUGCCAUCGCAAAAUUGCGCACGCGGAGGCCGUCACUCUGUUUGACGUCAUCACAAUGGGUCCGGACGCCAUACGGGUGGUGAUCGACGGCUGGGCGGAGGCCUACGCGGCCAACAGGGAUGCAUCCCUCCUCGACCUCAUUAGCUUCUUCAUCCAGUGCUGUGGUUGCAAAGGGGUGGUCACAGCUGAAAUGUGUCACAUCAAAAGCGACAGUGAGGCCAUGGACAAGAUGGUGGAUGAGCUGGUGGAGGACUUGGAUGAGGUUGCCGGUCUGCAGUACAAAAGGUUUAUGGUUUUUCCAUGGAUUCUCACAGUCACUUGGCCCACAGAUACUGACAGCAUGGAGUACCCUCUAAUCCAGCCUGCACCGUACAGCCGUUGGUUCUACUCGGAGCUGUGCGAUUUUGUGUCUGUUUUCGUGUGCCAGUGUCAACACAGCCUCCUCUUCGACAGCUACUUGAUAAACACACUGAUCUCACUGCUCUCCGAGCUGUCCGACUCCCACAUACGAGCAUUCCGACACACCUGCACGCUAGCAGCGAUAAAACUGCUUAGCUCUCUGAUUGAUGUGGCUGUCAAUCUGAGCAAAGCUGCUGAAAAGAGUCAAAAGCUGCAGCAGGCGCAGAGGCCAAGCAGACAGAAGGCACAAGUGGAGCAAGCACAACAGAAAUUGAAGGAGCUGCAGGAGAAGAGGGCCGAGAUUGAAAGCAUGAUGGACGUCCUCUUCAAGGCCGUUUUUCUCAAGAGAUAUCGCGACGUACUUCCAGAAAUCCGUUCCAUCUGCGUGGAGGAGUUGGGCCUGUGGAUGAGGCUCUAUGGCUCUGUGUUCCUCAAUGACACUUACCUCAAAUACAUGGACUGGAUGUCGUAUGACAAGGUUCCAGAUGUGCGUCUCAAGUGUGUCUUGGGCCUGCAGCAUUUAUACGGCGAUCCCGUUGUUCUGCCUCAACUGACCCUCUUCACCAGCCGCUUCAAGGACCGUAUGAUCUCUAUGACGCUGGACAAAGACAACGAGGUGGCUUUGCAGACAAUGAAAUUGCUGCUGCUCAUCUCCAAAACACAUGAUGAUGUGCUCACUGCAGAUGACUACAAGCCUCUCUUUGAGCGUGUUUAUUCCUCACAGCGCCCCCUUGCAGCCACAGCUGGGGAGCUGCUCUUCUUCAGGAUUAUCAGCACUGAUGACCCUGCUGCUAAGAGUCAGCAUGAAAUAAGUCAAGAGGAGGAUCAUGAGCAACAAACGUUUACACAACUCAAGGCACUGCUGGAAUUCCACCAGAAUGCUAAGUUGCACAACCAUGUAGUCUAUCUUGUGGACAGCCUGUGGGACUGCAGUGGAGCCCUGCUUAAGGACUGGGCCACCAUUACGUCUUUACUUCUGCAAGACCUUCAAGAUCCCUUGCCGGGAACAGGCUUCACUGGGGAGGAAGAAGCUGUGCUCGUGGAGAUCAUGCUCGCCUCCGUGCGCCAAGCAUCAGAAGGACCAGUGCUGCCUGGGAGAAAUGGUGCAAAGAAGAUGAUGAGUUCCAAAGAGAAGAAAGUUCAGGUUGACGACUGCACAAAGCUCACGCAGCAUUUCCUCACAGUGCUUCCACGCUUACUUGCCAAGUUUUCAGGUCGCUGGGAUAUUGUUGCUUCCUUGAUGAGGAUUCCUCAGUACUUUUUGCCAGAUAGCCCCGAGGCCCAAAACACACAGUUGGUGUCCAGGCUGUUAGAGGAAAUUCGAGCUGUUCUGGAGGUCCACUCAGACGCAGCCGUUCUGGAGGUGGCGUCCCGCACGUUCCUUAGUCUGUGUGCAGAAGAGACCACCUGGGGCUCCAUGGCCUUGCCUGUCAGAGAUUCCAUAGUCCAGGGCUGGGUGGAUCACCUGAAAGACCUGCUCACCGACUCUCUCAUGGGAGGCAUCUUCUCUGCGGGUGAAAAGCAAACCGGAGACCUUUUAGUCACACUGAAGAAAGUCAGCACUUUUCACAACUGUCACGAUCUGUCCAGUUGGAAUCUCUUCGACCUGCUCUUGCCUCUCUUGCCGGUAGAGGGUAGCCAGGAGGGGGCGCCACCUCUGGUGUUAAAGGAAGUGUUACAAUGUUUGUGUUACUGUGUUUUCUGGUCACUGAGCACAAGUAGUGAAAUGCUGAACUCUAGGGACAAAGCUGUGUCCCAGAGACUCCAGGUACGUUUGUUCAGUGAGGCAAGCCAUCGUUGUCUCUCCCACCCCGACCACAGCGUCAGGCAUCAGGCAUUCCUGGGUGUUUGUGACGUCUUGAGCGCUCACUCCUACCAGCAACAAGUUUGGCGGCCCACCUCCUUGGGCCCCCUGCCCUACACUCCCACACCCAAACUGCAGGUGGCGCUGUUGAACUUUGUCUGUAAAAACGUCUUUGUCGGGCCAGACGGUGACCACGAACGCAAAGCCUGCCGGCAUUCCGAGGAGGACAAGAAUGAGGCGCUUCAUACAGAAAGACGCACGCUGGCUGCCUACUGCAAGCUCAUCCUACAUGGCGUGCUGGAGAUGAGCAUGGCGGCUGACAUCUUUACCUUCUAUGUGAAGUAUCAGAGCAACUUUGGUGACAUCAUCAAGGAGACCAUUCAUAGGAGUCGACUCGUUGAUAAGCUCGAGAGCGCUCAUACGUUGGUGCUCUCCUUACAGCAGCUGUUUGUGCGUCUGAAACACGAGCAGGAGGCUGGAGGAUCGCUGCACAUCCAGCAGGGAGUCCAGACCUUCAGCAGCAUCAAAGAGCUGGCCAGACGCUUCGCCCUCACCUUCGGUGACCUCGUCAAGUUUCGCGAAUGCCUGGUCCUCAUCCACAGGAGCGGCAUCGACUUUGUCUUCCGGGAUUUUGAAAGUUCCACACCAACUUACCUGUCUUACUUGAGCAUCCUUGCCGAAUUUUCUUGCAAGUUGCUCAAACCCGACAAGAGGACAGUGCUAGCCUACUUGCAGAAGCACACCUCUGAUCACGUGGCGGACCUCAGGGAGGAGUGCUGGCAGCCGCUCCUCUACUACCGGAGCUCGCUAUUGGCCGAAGGAGAUGAUGCCAUCUCUCACGGUAGCUUGGACUUGAAGCAGCUUGGCCGUUCUAUGCAUGGUACCAAGUCUUUAGGACCACGAAGUCCCACCGAGCCCCAUUUUGGAAAAGUUCACAGAUUGGGUCCUAGUAACAAGAUGACGCGUAGCUUGGAACCUCUCGUGAAAAGACCCCCACCUCAAAGAACACUCAACGCUGAGGCAUGUGAUGAUGACGACGACGACGAUGAUGAUUUAGAUGGUGUCGAAGUUGAACUCUAACGAGGUUUUGGUGCUCUCACUCCUUUUCUCUUUCUCUAAUGUACUGUGUAUUGUGUUUUAACAUGUACACAUACUCUCUCGUAUUUAUUUAUAGCUGCAAACUUGCCAGGAUAUGGCCAAUGUAUCCACACGUAUUCAAUAAUUUCUGGUGUCUGUUACAAAUGCACGUAUGUGGAGAUUUUCACUAUU